CGUUAGUUUGUUAAUAAAGCGCAUGUCAGCUUUCUUUCGUCAUCAAAAUGGCGCUCAACCUACAAGUUAAAGUGCAUCCAGUUGUUUUGUUCCAAAUUGUUGACGCGUACGAGCGCAGAAAUGCCGAUUCUCACAGAGUUAUCGGCACCCUGCUCGGUACUGUUGACAAAGGAGUAGUUGAAGUAACAAAUUGCUUUUGUGUACCACACAAAGAGCAUGAUGACCAGGUGGAGGCUGAGCUCAGCUACGCGAUGGACUUAUAUGAGCUGAACAAGCGUGUUAACUCGACAGAAGCGAUUGUCGGCUGGUGGGCUACCGGCCACGAGGUAACCAAUCACAGCGCCGUCAUCCACGAAUACUACUCCAGAGAAUGCAACAAUCCAAUACAUCUGACGGUCGAUACCAGCCUCCAGGGUGGCAGAAUGGGCCUGAAAGCAUACGUCUGCGUUGUACUGGGCGUGCCAACUGGCAAACAAGGCUGCAUGUUCACCUCCAUCCCCUGCGACAUCACUUGUUACGAUCCGGAGGUGUUUGCCUUGCAACUGUGCCAGAAAACUAUGGCGCCUAGCGCGGGCAGAUCCAGGACCGUGAAUCCAAUGUUGGAUUUGGUACAGGUUGCCGAAGCCGGUUCGAAAAUGGGCGUGCUCCUUGACCAAGUGCUGGCCUAUGUGGAGGAUGUGUUGGCGAACCAAGUCGAACCAAACAAUGCGAUCGGACGAUCCCUAUUGGAUUUGGUCAAUUCCGUACCGCACAUGUCUAAUGAACAGUUUUCAGAGAUGUUUAAUAGUAACGUGAAGGACUUGCUGAUGGUUAUCUCGCUGUCGCAGCUUAUUAAGACGCAGUUGCAGCUGAACGAGAAGUUGACACUUUUGACAUCAAUUUAAGGAGUAUUAGGAUUGUUUUUUAAUUGUAUUUCAGUCAUUGGAAGUAUGUAUAAUAAUGCGACUCACAAGAUCUGUCAAUGUACUUGAGGUUGCAAAUAAAUACAUAUUUUUAA